GGGAGGGUUAGUUUAGUGUAGUCCAAUCACGUUUCUCCCAAGGGUAUAACACCCCUGUGAACAGCAGGUAGAAGGUAAACAUCUGGGCAUGUGCAAUUACCAGGAUGGGGUUGCAGGGAGUUUUGUUUAUCUGGUUCCUUUUGGGGGGUGUCCAAGUGAAUAUGGUGGAAGCUGCUGGAGCUAACUGGGAUGCUGGUUUGCUUAGCUGUAACAAAGGCAAUUUAGAGCUCCUUUUAUUACCAAAUCCUCAAGCUGCUGUCUCCACAAUAAGAAUUUUGGAUGCUGAAGGCCAGCCCCACCCCUUGAAGAAUGACUCGAGCUGUGGGGUUUGGGUUGCCCCAAAUCACGAUGGCUCCAUGGUUGUGAAGAUGGCUGCUUCUGGGUGUUACGUCGAAACUCAUGAUGGAAGCUACCAAGCAGUGAUCCAGAUUGAAGGUGUGAGAGCCAAUGGACAGAAGACCUCCUAUAAAGAAGUGCUGAAAUGCCCAGAGACCUUUCUAGCACUGGAUUCUCCUGCCCCUAGCCUGUGUUCAGCCGUCCAAGCCCCCGACAGACUCCCAUGCUCAACCUAUCAAGUCAGCCAGGGGGAAUGCGAGGACCUGGGAUGCUGCUACAACGCCAGAGACAGGGUGGCUCCUUGUUACUAUGGCAACAAAGUGACAGCCCACUGCACCCCAGAAGGGCAGUUCUCCAUUGCUGUCUCCAGGGACGCAACCCGUCCGCCUCUCAUCUUGGAUUCUGUGCACUUUCUGAGCAGCCGAGGGAGGGAGUGUGCCACAGUAACCAAGACCAACACCUUUAUCCUUUUCCAGUUUCCACUUUCUGCUUGUGGAACAACUUUGAAGGAAACUGGAAGCCAGCGAGUCUAUGAAAAUGAGCUGGUGGCGGACAGGCAGGUCCUUGUGUCCCAGUCGGGCUCCAUCAUCCGGGACAGCAACUUCAGAGUCACCAUCCGUUGCAGCUACUCCGCCGAAGCCGCCUUGCCCGUCAGCAUCCAGGUUGCCACUCUGGCGCCACCUGCUGCCGUUGCCCAGCAAGGACCGCUCACCUUGGAGAUGAGAUUGGCACGAGAUAUGGAGUACUCCUCCUAUUAUGCUGACCUGGAUUACCCUGUGGUGAAGGUUCUCCGUGACCCGGUCGCCGUUGAAGUCCGCAUCCUUGGGAGGAUGGACCCAGCAUUGUUUCUGGUCCUGCAUGAAUGCUGGGCCACACCAAGUGCCAACCCCCUGAAGAAACCAGAAUGGCCACUUCUGGAGAAUGGAUGCCCCUAUAAAGGAGACAACUACCAAACCCAGCUGGUACCCGUCCAGGAAGACUCGGGGCUGCAGUUCCCCUCCCACCAUCAGCGCUUCAUCGUCAGCACUUUCACUUUUGUGGAAGCUGCUUCCCGAAGGAUGCUUACUGGGCCGGUGUAUUUCCACUGCAGUGCCUCGGCCUGCGUACCUUCAAGACAAGAGAGAUGUAUUGUCCGUUGUGAGAUGUCCGCUCCAGGAAGAAGACAAAGAACAGCAGAGGAACAUCCAGAGGAACAGCUGAUCUUGGUGACCUUGAACGGGCCUGUGAAUUUUUCCAGCCCCCAAGAGGCAGAAAUGCUACCUCACCAAGGACUUAAAAGGCUGUCCCAAGACAGCUCAGUUCAGUGGGAUGCAGCCGUGGUUCUGGCAGCGGGAAUUGCAGCGGUGUUAGCUGUGGGUGGCCUAGCAGCUGUAGUUCUCAAGAACCGCUGGGGCAGCAGAGAAAAAAGAUUAUUUCGCUGUGCAUAAAGAAUAAUAAUAAUAAAAAAAAGUUCAAACCUG